CACCUUCUUAAGAGCACCACCAGACGUUGCACGAAGCAACCGAUCAUCACCACCACCACCACACCAUAGCCACCACCAUGGAUCGCUCGCCUGCCAAGUUCGUCUUGCUCCUCAUGGCAGCGGCAACCUGGAGCUGCUUCCUCGUCGCCGACGCAGGCAAGCUCCAGCCGAGCUGCAUAGGGCGCGAGAGGGACGCCUUGCUGGCCUUCAAGCAAGGCAUCCGUCACGACCACUACGACAACCUCGGGUCGUGGCAACAAGAGCGCCAAGAUUGCUGCCAAUGGGAAGGCAUCACCUGCGACAACGUAACUGGCCAUGUCGUCAAGCUUGACCUUGGCGGAAGAUAUGAUUUGGUCGGCCAGAUAAGUCCUUCCUUGCUUUCUCUAGAGCAUCUCGAGUACCUCAAUCUCAACUGGACGGGCCUGUGUGGGCCUGAUGGUGGUGUUCCAGAGUUCUUGGGUUCCUUAAAGAACUUGAGGCAUCUUGAUCUGUCCGGCAUGCCUUUCUCCGGUAUGGCGCCUCCUCAGCUUGGCAACCUGUCAAAGCUGGAAUAUCUUUACCUCUCCUACAUGGAUAUGUACUCAACAGACAUCUCAUGGUUAACUCGUCUACCUCUGUUGGUGCAACUUGAUAUGAGUCUUAUCAACCUCAGCUCAAUAGCCGAUUGGCCUCUUGUUGUGAACAAGAUUCCAUCUUUGAAGUUGCUCCGUCUUGUUGAGUGCUCGCUUUCAAGUGCAAACCAAUCCCUAGCACACCUAAACCUCACAAAUCUUCAAUACCUUGAUCUCUCAGAUAACUACUUUGGUCAUCCAAUUGCAUCCAGUUGGUUUUGGAACAUAACAAGCAUCAAGUACCUCGACCUUUCUGGUACCUCUCUCUAUGGUCCGUUUCCUAAUGAACUAGGAAAUAUGACGUCUCUCCAAGAACUUUAUUUUGGCCCCUAUUCUUCCGAUGGUGACUCACCCACCACAACUGCUAACACGGCCACAAUGACAGUAGACUUGAAAAAUCUAUGUGAUUUGGAAGACCUAUUGCUUGAUGGAAGCCUCUCCUCUGGGAACAUAACAGAGUUUAUAGAUAAACUGCCAAGAUGUUCGUCCAACAGAUUGCAGCGCUUGAGGUUGAGCCGCAACAAUAUGGUUGGAAUUCUACCAAACAGAUUGGGGAACUUAACCAACUUAGCUUUGUUGGACCUUUCUUACAAUAACAUUACUGGAGCUAUACCGCUAGGCAUAAGCAAUCUUUCUUGUUUAGAAACACUUGAUCUUUCUAACAACCUUCUUGCUGGAGCUAUACCGCUAGGGUUGGGAAAUUGCACUAGUUUGCAAUAUGUUUCUCUCACCAGUAACAGUCUCAAUGGACCUAUACAACCAGGGAUACAAAGCUGCAAUACAUUACAGGACCUUUUGCUUUCUUACAAUAGCAUUACUGGAGCUAUACCACCAAUGUUGGGAAACUGCACCAGUUUAGAAACACUUGAUCUUUCUAACAACCAUCUUACUGGAGUUAUGCCACCAGGACUGGGAAAUUGCACUAGUUUGCAAUAUUUUUCUCUUUCGAACAACCAUCUUACUGGAACUAUAUCACCAGGGACAGUGAGUUGCACUACAUUAAAUGACCUUGACCUUUCUUACAACAAUCUUACUGGAGAUAUACCACCAUGGCUGGGGAAUUGCACUAAUUUGCAGUCCCUUUCUCUUUCUAAAAACCUUCUCAAUGGACAUGUCCCAUCUGAGAUUGGUCUGCUCGGCAAUUUGACUAGACUCGAUCUUAGCAACAAUAAUCUAGAUGGUGUGAUAAGGGAGGAACACCUGGUUGCUCUAAAGAACUUAGAACACCUGGAUCUAUCACACAAUUCUUUCUCAGGGCAUCUGCCAUCAGAGUUUGGAGCUACCGGAUUAUUAGAAUUGACAUUAUCCUCCAAUUACUUCAGUGGGCAUAUUCCUGAAUAUAUUUGUAUGUUUUGGAACCUAGUUGUCUUGGAUUUAUCAGACAACCUUUUCAUGGGUGGACUUCCUCGAUGUUCUCGAAAGCCUAACCUGGUUUUCCUGAUUUUAAAUCACAAUAAGUUUUCUGGCAAGUUCCCAUCAUCACUGAAGAACUACUCGAGUUUGGCAUUCAUGGAUCUUUCAAUGAAUAGUUUCUAUGGAACAUUACCAUCAUGGAUUGGAGAUUUAGUAUAUUUGCGCUUUCUGCAGCUAAGUCACAAUUUCUUGUGUGGAGAUAUUCCAGUGACUAUCACAAAUCUUAAACGUCUUCGUCAACUGAGUUUAGCAGGAAACAGUAUAUCUGGUGUUAUUCCUUUUUCUUUGUCAAAUUUAACAGCAAUGACCCAGAAACAUCCGAAGAAACCUGGGGUCGACAUGUUUGUAUGGUACACCAGCCGUGUGGGUAAAUUUAGAGAAGUUUGGUCUAUAGUGAUGAAGCGUCAGGAACUUAAGUAUGGUGCUAGAAUUUUUGAUGUGAUCAGUAUGGACCUGUCGCUCAACAAUCUAACAGGUGAAAUUCCAGAUGGGAUAACCUCUCUCAAUGGACUAUUGAAUCUAAACUUAUCAUGGAACCAAUUGAGUGGAAAAAUUCCAGAUAGGAUUGGAGCUAUGGAAUCACUUGAAUCGCUCGACCUCUCAAGGAACAACCUUUCUGGUGAAAUCCCAACAAGCUUGACAGAUUUGACUUAUUUAAGCUCCUUGGACCUGUCAUAUAACAAUCUCACAGGAAGAAUUCCACCGGGACGCCAACUUGACACCCUCUACUUGGAGAACCAGUCCAUAUACACGGGCAAUGUUGGUCUGUGUGGCCCUCCUCUUGAAAGGAAUUGCUCACGAAACAAUGCACCAGAGCAUGACAAUCAACAGAAAAUCAAGAAGGUUUCUGAGCCUGUGUUGUUCUUUUACUUUGGACUUGGGUCUGGGUUUGUUGCUGGCCUCUGGGUCGUGUUUUGUACCCUACUGUUCAAAAAAGUGUGGAGACUUGCCUAUUUCCGCCUCUUCGACAAGUUGUAUGACAAGGCAUAUGUAUUUCUGGUUGUUACCUGGGGCAGGAUAAAACACAAGGAGACAAAAACUUGAGCGCGGUGCUCAAUAAAAUAAUGCAAAUCUGGUGAUGUUUUUUCACCCUACUCCUCAUGUUUAUGAAUAAAUAAAGGUGCACAUGUUAAACAAUAGGCUUGUUCAAUUGUUCACAUGUCAUGUACCAGGUUAGUUAGGAUUGAUCCUUAUCCUCUGUAGAGUCUGUUGUAUAGCUUGAUGUGAGGAUCAAUCCUACUAACCACCUACCUCUGUAACUCUUAGAUCUAUUUAACAUGCACGUGUCCCUGCCAAGAGGCAUACACUUCCACGCAUACAGUUUUACAUAGUAUUAGAGCUGGCCUCGCAAUCAUCCAUGAUGAGCUCUUCAAGUUCCUUCCCCUCAUCUCUGUUUGCUCACGUCGCAACAGAGAAGCUCACCAAGGGGAACCAGGUGUUGUGGCUGGCCUCUAGGUCGUGUUUUGCACCCUACUGUUCAAGAAAGUGUGGAGAGUUGCCUAUUUCUGCCUCUUUGACAAGUCGUAUGAAAAACAAUGUUUUGUGGUUGUUACUUGGGGCAGGAUAAACUGCAAGGCGACAACAACUUAAGUGCGUCACCAAAUAACUAAUUCAAAUCUGGUGAUGUUUUUUCACACUACUACUAUCGUCUGAAAUAAAUAAAGGUGCCAAAGCAUUUAGGAGCUUGCGCUAGAAUGUGUUCUUUUCUCUCCAGUAGGCUUGUAAUAAGAGCUUUGUUCUAAUGCAUGUAACUGUUAUACUGGAUUGUACUUGUGAGUCAUGAUGAACUUGGAUGGUUUAGUUUUUCCAGCACUCACUCCCUCUGUGUUGAUGGUUCUUAAUCUGUAAACGAAUGUUUUGUGAGCCAUGCUAUAUUGUUAAGCUUUCAGUGAGGGUUGUCCAUAAGGAACUAAAAGCCAUCAAGCACAACAAAAUGAACUAACAAUGCGACGGAUUAUCCAUCUCUAUAGAUGUAAGAAUCAUCACAUUAGGACUGAGCCAAGUUUCAUAUGGCUGCAAGAUUGAACAUCAAGCACUUCUUGAGGAGGACAACACUAGCAGGAUACAAUACGAGGGCACACGUGCAACCAGAGUUUGAUAUGAAGUGUGGGCAUUCGGUUUUUGUAUUUCGUUCUUUUUGAAGAUUCAGUUAGACAAGAUGACAGCUGAAAUUUGUAGCUAAAGCCGUGAAACCAGAGGUUUGGUAUAUAAAUUUACCACUGAGGCACUGAGUUAAAAGAACGUCCUUCUAGUAGACUAGUAUAGUCAGUACAUAUACUAAAGCGGGAAGGCUUUGGUUUUUCUCCUCUCUCUACUUUUAUUUUUAUUUUUACUGUUCAAUUUUACGUGGCCACAGUGAAUAGUGUCCUGCAUGUGAGAAGUGACCGUGCAUGAACAAUACCCCCGUGUGAACUGUGUUUUCUUAGAAAACAUACACAUACUGUAAAAAAAUUGGGACUUUUCUACACAACAUUUCUCUUCAUCGUCAUGCCAAUGCAGAGCUACCUCGAUCAUCUUUCGAUCAUUUCCGGUGAUGGUUCUGCCGAGGCACAAAACUGUAGACCGACAGAGUAUGUUUGCGUGAACAGUAACCUCGUGGGAAAAAUAAGUUCUUGCGAUUACUCUCCUUUUUUACACCAUGACAUUAGUGAACAGUACACCAACAAUUACCACAACAACAAAAAACAAUAUCCGAAUAAACCCAAAACUGCUAACCGAAACAAUAGCCCAAAUAAAUGAAAACAAUAAAAUAGUAUAACGAGUGAAACGGAACAACACCAGAACAAACCGAAAACAGUAACCCACCCGGCCCAUAAGCCAAAACAGUUACCGAAUUGUAAACUAGAGCAAUACACCCAAAUAAACCGGAACAACAAAAAAAGAAAAACAGAACUAUGCAUUAACAUGAACAGUAAUCCGGAAGAAAUACAAAAAAACAAUUGACACUCCUCCAUCGACCCAGAACAGUAAAACCAGCGACACAGAACAAUACCUGAAUAAAUCAGAAACAUUAACCUAUCCGAACCAUAAACCGAAAUAGUACCUGAAUUGUAACCUAAAACAAUACACCGAGUAAACCAAAAUAACAAAAAUAGUAAAUUAGCACUAUGCAUGCACGUGAACAAUAAUCCUGACAAAAUU